AUGGACAGCAACCAGUUUCAGGAUCAAAUUGACAUGAAGUUGCGAAACACACAAGACGGAGAGAAUGACGAAAGAGGCGAGAUAGAGAACGACCCUCCCCCGCAAGGGACGAGUGACAACACGAAAGAAGAAGGGAAAGAAGGAGAACCUAGCACGGUCCCCUCCCAAGAGGUGAACCAACCCCCGCAGGAUUUGGAUUCUCAACCUGCGAAGAAGCAACCGAAAGGUAAAGCAAAAGCUAAGCCUGUGGGUCCAAUUCGAAUCAAACCCCUAACCCGGCAACAAGAGCAGAUCAAGAUAGCCGAGGAGAAGGAAGCCGAAGCACGAGCCAAACUUAUGGACAAGAGGUUGGCGAACGAAAGAGCGGUGCAACGGAUCAAAGAGUUGGAACAGUUAUUAGGGGAAAGAGGAGACGGGGAAGGCAAAGAAGAAAGGAGCGAUGCAGAGGAAGAUGAAGAGGUAGAGAAUGCAGAUGUGUGGGGAGCCCUCGAAGGCAAUGAGGGUGAAAACCUGAGAUGUGAGAGGAAUGACCGGGUAGUAGGGGGUGUGGUGAUUGAGGAACGUCCGGGGACCAUGCAAGAGAUGAACCUGGGGAUGAGGAAAAAGAGAUUAGAGCAAUUCUCCGCAAGGAAUGCCUCUCCGGAGAUGAACUUAGGAAUGGGAACUGACAUCUGGGUGACGGUCUUAGUAGUAGAACCAGUCGCAUUGACAGCUACAGAAAGGUUGGCCAAGAGAAUGGACAAAGAAAUCGAGCUAGCCUUCCGGAACCAUGACAGGCGGCUGUAUGAUGAGUUGGUGGAAGCGAAAAGGGAGUGGAAGGAGUUCAGCAAGAAGAAAGGUAGUGGUGGCGAGACUCAAGCCACAUCUACGGCAGCAGAACCCAAGAAGAAGAAGAAGGUCCAGGUGGAUUCAGGGAACUCCCUGACUCACGUCUUAACCCCCCUUUCCGGAUACUGGGCUUCGGUGAUGUCUGACCUGAACCGUAUGAUGUCAACGAAGUCAUCCCGGGCGAAGACGAAGGACGCCGACUCACACUCCUACAACGGAACCCCAAUCCCGAACGAGUGGAGGACGACGGUGGCCCAAUGGCACCGCCAGAAAAACCUCUUUAUCGAGUACUUGCUAUUCUACAAGCAAGACGAUGUGGCUAAGGCUAUGAAGCAACACUUUGAAAACGUGUUGGAGAUUCAGAGCGAGAACGAAGAUGGUUGGAUGGUGGCGUUUAGGUAUGACUUGGAGAUGAGACAAGCAUAUAUGACCUUUAAGGUUGGGCCUGAGGAGAAGAUGCCGGACAUUGGAGUCAGAGAUGUGAAAGUAUUGAAAAGAGCGGAGAGAGAGACAACACGGAGAGGUGAUGACACUUAUCUGGAUAAUCCGUACGCAUUUGGAGCGGUGAAGGCGAUGAUAGACCCGAUUGAUCAGGAGAACUGGGAAGGUCGGAGAGGGACAUGGUGUGAUACGUCAAGGAACAAAGCGAAGGAAGCAAAGUCAGAGAAGGUCAAAGCGACGAAAGCCACUCAAUCAGUUCGGUCAACACUCUGGGCCCAAGCUCGACAUGAAUCCCACUUACCAGCAACGACACCAUCAACCUUCACCUCGUCAACCUUCCAAUCGACGGUACCGUCUACACAGGCAGCGCCAAUCCCGACAGGUCCAGCAGCUGAGAGGGGAGGAGGAAACCCUUACCGAGGGAAGAACUUCAUCAGGAAUUUUAACAAGAGGAAAGCGGAUGGGGUAGCAGGCGGUAGUGGUUGGAAUGGUGGUGCAGGUACUCCAAAGGGAGGAAGGGAUAAUGGCUACGGGGAUAGAAACCCAAGGAAGUGA